AUGCCAGGGUAUAUCGAGAGGAAUUGUCCUAAUGGUGCCAAGGCUGAGCCGGUACUAAAUACUUCUAAGGGAAGGCGACCUACUGCUCCAGGACGUGUGUUUGCAAUAUCUGGAGAACAGGCUGAAGCUACUGAUGAUCUUAUCCAGGGUACGUGUAUUAUCGCUGGAAUCUCCUUAAUGGUUUUGUUUGAUUCUGGUGCUACACAUUCGUUUAUUUCUGAGGAGUGUGCGAAGAGACUAGGGCUACUAAUUGUAGAGUUACCCUUCGAUUUGGUGGUGACAACCCCUGCCGCCGAUCGUUUAGUUAAGCGCACGACAUGCUUGCAAUGUCCGUUGAUCUACGAGGAUCGAAAGUUUCUUGCGAACAUCGUCUACUUAGGGCUUAAACAACUCGAUGUGAUUCUGUGCAUGGAUUGGUUGGCACAAUAUCAUGUUCACUUGGAUUUUGCUAACAAGGCCGUGGUGUUUCCAGAUUCAGGCGUUACGGAUUACUUGAAUUCGUACUCUUUGAGGAAGGGUUCAUCAGCGUUCGUGAACUCCAUUGUGGUGGAAGCAAAGAAUGAUAGUGAUGUGCGAAAUAUCUCGCUAGUGCAAGAUUUUGUGGAUGUGUUCCCGGAGGACGUGCCUGGAUUACCACCAGUGAGGGAGACAGAGUUCACCAUUGAUAUAAUGCCCGACACGGGACCGAUAUCGAUGACACCGUAUCGGAUGGCACCAGCGGAGUUGGCGGAGUUGGCGAAACAGUUGGAGGAUCUCUCCUCGAAGGGAUUUAUCCGACCUAGUGUGUGUCGCCUUGGGGAGCACCGGUGUUGUUGGUGA